GCUGAGUCCACACUUGGAUGAGAGGGUCUGAGUGAAUGAGAAACUUUGUGGCAGAUCAAUCAAUCUUGAGAAGAAGCGUCCUUGGAAAAAAGAAUGCGACGAUUCCGGAUGCUUUCUUUGCACAGGCAGCAAUCAUGUGUGCUACCUCUUUUCUUUUACAUCCUUCAGGUCUGCUGUUCAGUGAUCUCCUGGCCAAAUGAGUCUAGAGUUCAGGAGGAUAAAUGUCCUGGCUCUCGUUGGAACGCCAUGUGUCGCUCCUGCUGUGAGUACAAGCUGAUACGUUGUGAGUGUUCAUCUCAGAGGACAAGGGUGGGCUACGCUGUGCCCUGCUGCCGGAACGACAUCCACCAGUGUGACCCCUGCAUCAUCCACCAAGGCUGCAGCGUGUUUGAUAACUGUAAACGAUGCAAUAAUGGCACAUGGCAGGCACAGGAUGAUUUUUACAUCAGUGGAAGUUACUGCACUGAGUGUCGUAAGGGGUGGUCUGGAGGAGACUGUCUCACAUGUGGAGAAGUUAUACGGAAGCCUCAAGGUCAUGUGACCCUCGAGAGUUAUCCAAUCAAUGCAAAAUGUGACUGGACACUUCAUGUCAGGAAAGGGUUGACCAUGGAAUUCAGGUUUACAAUGCUAAAUCUGGAGUUUGAUUAUAGGUGUCGCUACGAUUUUGUGGAGCUCAGAGAUGGCAACGACGUCCACUCGCCUCUCAUUGGUCGCUACUGUGGAGACAAAAUCCCACCACCAAUCAGGAGCUCUGGAGACUCUCUGUACAUCCUUUUUGUGUCAGACGGCUAUAAUAAUUACGAUGGUUUCUCUGCAACAUUUCAGGAACUCUCAGUGUGCAGCCCCAAUCCAUGUAGGAAUGGCGGCGUUUGUUCACUGGAUACUGUUGAGGCUUUCCAAUGUGCUUGCAAAGCAGGUUUCACAGGCCUACAGUGUGAGAAGAAAUCUGGCUGUGUAACGCCUCCCAAACCUGCUCAUGGGGACCAUUUCCUGCUGUAUGAAAAUGGAGAUGUUGCUACUGGAGUUCAGUACCGGUGCUAUAAACCAUACAAGCUCAGAGGAGUCUCAAAGAGAAUGUGUCUGUCUAAUGGAACCUGGAGUGGGGCAGCACCAACAUGCAUCAGAGAGGUCGACACCAUUAGGAAACAAUGUCCCCCGAUAUCACAGCUACAUCACGGAUACUCAGUAAAAUUUAUCAGCUCAGAUGGUGCUAUUGAGAGCGUAGAAUUCUCCUGCAAUAACUCAUAUACACUCAGUGGAAACUCCAAAAGAACAUGCCGGCUCGAUGGCACCUGGAGUGGCAAACAGCCACAGUGUAUCAAAGCUUGUCGGGAACCAAAGAUUUCCAAGCUGGUGCGUCAGAAGGUCUUGAAGCCACAAAUUUAUUUACGAAAGACUCCACUACACAGGUUUUACUCCUCCUUCCCGCCUUAUCAAAGAGAAAUCAGUACUGAGACACUGGCGCAGGGUGAUUUACCCACCGGUUUUCACCCCCUUUACACAAGCAUUGAGUAUGAGUGCAUCUCUCCUCUGUACCAGUAUUCUGGAAGUUCAAGUCGAACAUGUCUAAAAACUGGAAAGUGGAGCGGACGCCAUGUCACCUGCAUACCAGUCUGUGGUAAACUCUUAGCCAAACCUCAAAACCUGGCACAAACUCACUGGCCAUGGCAUGCAGCCAUUUACCACCGUCUUCCCGACCACACCAGUCCCAUUACAGGGAGGACCAGCAGACGAGGGGACAUGUAUUCCGAGUACGACUAUGACGACUGGCAGGAGAAAAGCAAGGAGGAGAUGUGGCAUCUGGUGUGCAGUGGUGCUCUGGUGAGCCCGCAUGCUGUUCUAGUGCCAGCACACUGUGUCACCGAGCCUGGACUGUCCCUACAUAACAACAUGGCUGAUCUAAAAGUAGUGCUGGGGGAGAAGAAGAGGCUUCAGCACAUGAAGGUCUCAGAGAUCCUGGUUCAUCCCAGCUAUGAUCCUACUGGGUUUCACUCAGACCUAGCUAUACUGAAGAUGGCGGAGAAGGCCAGGAUCAGCGAGUUGGUUUCCCCUGUGUGCUUGCCUCGUCUGCAGGAAGGGGAGCUACCUGUGAACCAGGCCUACAUCACUGGCUGGUCUGUAGCAGAAAAGCAAGAAACGGGCUCUCAGGUGGCUCAGACUGGAACUAUUGAACUGACUGAUGUGUUACAGUGUGAAAGACAGUAUGCUAAACAAGGCCUUCCCAAUAGCAUUACUGACAACAUGCUGUGUGGGAGGCAACAUCCUAUUAGUACAGUGUGUCCUUCAAGAUCAGGGGGAAUCAUACUUGUACCUACUGUCUCACAGAACAGGAGGGGAGAAGAAAGUGUUUUUGAGUCUAUCUGGGAGCUGAUGGGCCUGGCGAGCUUUGGCUACAAUCUCCAAAAUUGUGAUCCACACCUGUACACUGUGUACACACGAGUGGGCAAGUUUAAAAAUUGGAUUGAGAAUAACAUAAAGUAAUAUUUUAUUCACAUAUACUGAUAUGAGCGAUCAUACACUAUAUUGCCAAAAGU